AUGCCUUUAGGAACAAUCGUGAGAUUGCUUGAGAAUCACGGUAGGUCACGAGAAAAGGUCACCAUAGGUUGUCUCAACAACCUUUACAAAAGCGUCCUAGACAUGAACAUCGAUCAUUUCCGAUCUGAAGCUUGCAAGAAGAUGCUGAUUUACCCGAAGAACGCCAAGGAAGAUCAAUGCAGAAGGCUGAAGAUCAACAUUGACGACAAAGAAGCAACCAAGUGCUUUAUGUGUCCAAAGUCUUUGGAGAAAAAGUCAUGCCGAGAGUUUUUCAGCAAUUUCAAUACUUCACGAUGUAGCUGUGGAAACUUGAUGGACAAAGAGAUUCCAUCAUCACCUGAAUUUGAAAAGAUGCUUGGAGAUAGUUAUGAGUAUGAUGGAGUCUUUGUCCAUGGUGAUGGAAAUAUGGCAUUUAUCGUGAGUGAUGAUAUGAAAAUUGAUAACUUUUCUUGGGAUCUUUUCCGAAAAAAUGUCAAGGAUUUAGGCUGCGUUAAUCUUUUAGAUGAGAUAGGAGAAGGUGAAGCAGAGAUUGACUUCCGAGAGGCAAUGACUUUGCUUCGAUCCAUAUUCACAUCAGAAACUCCAUUGACAACAACAUUCUUCCCUUUCCAAAGCUCAUCUUAUCCUUCAAAGAGAGCAUUUAAGCCAUCCACAACUCAAUAUGAUCAGGUUUUAGGUCAAGUAUUGUCUUUGAAAGUGUAUUUGAGUAAGCAUGACAAAGGGAAAGUUGUUUAUGUUGAGUGUGGAGAAGGCUUUAUUGAUCUUCUUUGCACUUUUCUUGUUCUUCCUCUUGAGUAUGUAUGCGAGAUCUUCUCUGCUAGUGAUGAUGACGGUCUUGGAUGUAUUGGUAACUUGUUCAGAAGCUUCAAAGGUUUAAGCUGCAGUGAAAUAGCCAUUCCUUGGUAUUAUAGUUGCAGAAAGAAUCUUCUUGGCAUCACAGUCCAAGAUCCGCCGCCUAGCUUUUACCAUGAAGACAUUCACAAACAUGUCACUGCAAUGGAUCCAAAAACCGAGAUGAGUGGCAAGACAAGAAGCAGUGGUGGGUUUGUGAAGAGUAACAAAAAAUUUCUCGUGUCUGAUGAUCUUAGAAUCACACCUUUGAGUGCUGAUCUUACAAUGAGGGAGCUAAAAGAUCUGAAGAUUAGUUUUGAUGAUGUCACUAUUGAACAGAUAACUAUUGGUAAAGCAGAGGCUAUCAAUUUAUUGAAAUCUUCCUUUGUGACAUCCUCUGCAUUAACCAAUGGUCUCUCAGAUUUGUUUUCAAAGAAGCUUGAAGGAUAA